UUGAUAGCUCCUAUGAACUGAUUGUAGGAAACAAUAUUUUUUAUUCCUGCCAAAGUAAUAUUUUAUUCAUUGAGUUACAGUGUAUACAUUGGCGGUCAAUGUGACUGUAAUAUUGAGUCAUACAGGCGAAUAGCCCAGAUAAUGUGAGCGUGGCCCCUUCAGAAGGCCAAAUUGCCAAUUUAAAGCUGAUAAAACAAUCCCAGGGAACAUAUUAUUGGCAUUAACAUAUUACGGUGGCGGUUUUUCCUUCUGGUUUCAUUCACAUUAUCAUUAUCCAUCCAGACGGAGAGUUUCAUAAAUGCAGUCUGAGCAUUUUCAAAAUACCUUUUAUAUAUAUUUUCAAUACUGCAAGCCCUGGACUGUUAACAUUCAUGUAAUGCACUGUAUUUCAUUCAUAAAUUGAAAGUCAUUGGAUAACCAAUUUGGAUUACUGGAUAACUAGGUGAUCAGUAUUCCUGUAAUAUGUGCUUCAUUUAUAAGUUUCAGGCUUAAGACGUAUUCAGUUGUCCUUUAGAGCUACUGGAGAAAUCAUAAAUUGUUUGUUUUUGUUGUUGUUGUUGUCCUGUAUAAUUAUGUUUGCCCUAUCAUACACUAGGAGGAGAAAAUGUGUUGUUACGAAGGCUGGAAUAGCACAGCGCUUGGAUACCUAUUUACUCGUCAAGUGCCUGGGUAAUAAUUGAUAGAUUUCCUGAGAGGACAAAAAAAAAGGGCCCAGAUGGGGCCAGGUGGGUUGCAAACAGCUCGGAGUGAGGUAAGAGACACAACUCGCUUGUUUAACAUUUGGAAAGCUCUCCAGUGCUCUGACACAAUGAAAGUGACACGGAUUGUUUUGGCGUUCGUAUUGUUCAUUCGUCUACAGUGGACGGCAGCUGCUCCAGGCGCAGGGCUGCACACAUGGGAUAGGUUUAGCAGACUUCCAUAUCCCCGUGACAAAGCCUUCCUCUAUGACACUUUCCCUGACAAGUUCAUGUGGUCUGUCGGCACUGCUGCCUAUUCAGUUGAAGGAGCUUGGGAGAAAGAUGGGAAAGGUAAGUCUAUCUGGGACACUUUCACUCGUGGGGGGACCCGGGUGUCCAGAGGCGACGUAGGCAGUGACAGUUAUCACAACAUCCCGGGAGACCUCCGAGCCCUGCAGCAACUUGGAGUCAGUCACUACCGCUUUUCUCUGUCCUGGCCGCGCAUCUUUUCCAACGGCACCAAAGAGAGCUACAACGAAAAAGGUGUGGAGUAUUAUAAAAGUCUAAUUCGAGGACUGAAGGAAAUUAAAGUGCAGCCCGUUGUGACUUUAUAUCAUUGGGACCUGCCAGACAGUUUGCAGACCUUAUUUGGAGGCUGGAGCAAUUCGCUUAUGGUGGAACUGUUCAGAGAAUAUGCAGAUUUUUGUUUUAAAACAUUUGGAUCAGAUGUGAAAUUUUGGAUUACCAUUGAUAAUCCUUUUGUUGUAGCCUGGCAUGGAUAUGGAACCGGGGUUGUGGCUCCUGGUAUCAAAAAUGACUCAGAUUUGCCUUUCAGAGUCGGACAUAAUCUUCUAAAGGCUCAUGCAGCAGCCUGGCACUUGUACGACGAUCGUUAUCGUUCCGGUCAGGGUGGGCGAGUGUCCAUGGCUCUGGCCUCCCACUGGAUCAAACCUAGCAGAACCAGACAGGAGAACAGAAAAGCCUGCCAGUGUUCUCUGGACUUUGUGCUCGGCUGGUUCGCCCGACCAUUGUUUGUGGAUGGAGACUAUCCACCCUGCAUGAAACACAAUUUAACCCACAGACUGCCGUCUUUCACAGAGGCUGAGAGCUUGUACGUUAAUGGAACGGCAGACUUCUUUGCUCUGUCUCACGGACCUGCUCUUAGCUUUCAGCUGAUCAAUGACAGUCUGCGCUUUAGCCAGACAGAAGACCUGGGUCUGAGGAUGCUGCUGUACUGGGUCCGUGCUGAAUACAGCAAUCCUCCCAUAUUUGUGGUGGAGAGCGGUUGGUAUGGAAGUGGCAACACGAAAACAAAGGACGCCAAGCAUAUGUACUACCUAAAACGCUUCAUUAUGGAGACUCUAAAAGCAAUCCGCUUUGACAGAGUUAACGUGAUUGGUUACACUGCCUGGUCUCUGCUGGACGGUUAUGAGUGGUACCGUGAAUAUGCGAUACGAAGAGGGCUAUUCUAUGUGGAUUUCAACACUCCUGAUCUGAAAAGAGAGCCAAAGACAUCUGCCACUUUCUAUAGCAAACUCAUAGAGAAGAAUGGCUUCCCUCAGCUGCCUGAGAACCGGCCUGCACAGGGCGUCUUUCCCUGUGACUUUGCCUGGGGAGUUGCAGCCAACUCAAUACAGGUUGAUACUAUACCUACCCAGUUUGCCGACCCUAAUGUUUACAUCUGGAACAUUUCUGGUAACGGAGAGCUGAAGAAGGUCCCGGGUGUGCUUGUGCCCCCUAUGCACAGGAAACACCACUGUGCUGAUUUCGGCAGCAUCCUUCAGCAGGUGUCUGACGUGCACCGUAUGGAAGUCUCACACUUCCACUUCUCCCUUAACUGGUCCUCCGUCACCCCAACAGGCCGAGUGUCAGAUGCUAACGAAACACUUCUAAAAUACUACCAUUGCUUUGUCAGUGAGCUACAAAAGGUUAACGUAACCCCUGUCGUGACUCUUUGGCACCACACAGGGAAACUGUCCAGCCUGCCAGCACCCAUGGAAUCUGACGGGGGCUGGCAGAGCGAGGAGACAGUUCAGGCCUUUGCAGACUACGCCAGGUUGUGUUUCCAACGACUAGGAGCUCAUGUGAAGCUGUGGAUCACUCUGAAUGAACCUAACGAUGAGGAUCUUGAAUACACUAUGGGCCAUCAGCUGCUCCGUGCGCAUGCUUUAGCUUGGCACAUCUAUGACACGGAAUUUCGCAAAGCCCAAGGUGGUAAAGCGUCACUGGUUCUUCAUAUGGACUGGGUCGAACCUGCGUUUUCUUUCAACAGAGAAGACGUUGAGCCUGCAAACCGAGUCCUGGACUUUCGAGUGGGCUGGUUUGCAGAGCCUAUCUUCGGGAGUGGCGAUUACCCAGCGGUGAUGCGUAGUUGGCUCCAACAGCGAAACAAUAUCGAUCUCUUCAACUACCACUUACCCACAUUUAGCGAUGAAGAUAGGCUGUUGGUUAAAGGAACCUACGAUUUCUUUGCCAUUAGCCAUUUUACUACCUCAAUGGUGUAUGAUGGAGUGGAGGACAAAUAUACUUUCAAGGACAAGUUGCAGGUACAGCUGAUUUCCGACGUGACCUGGAUCAUGUCUCCGAGACGCAACUCUCCUGUGGUCCCCUGGGGUCUUCGCAAGGCACUGAACUGGGUUAACUCUCGAUACAGAGGGGUUCCUAUUUACGUGAUGGCCAGUGGAGUUCAAGAGGACACUGCUAGGUUUAAGGAUAGCUUGCGUGUCUAUUACUUUUACAACUACAUUAACGAGGCCUUAAAAGCAUACAAACUGGACGGAGUCAAUCUGAAGGGAUAUUUUGCAUAUGCGUUCAGCGACCAGCGGGACCCAGGCUUUGGCAUGUAUGGUCACGUGCAGGAGGAGGUCAUUUCAAAAUCUUCACUGGCCCAUUACAAAAACAUUAUCCGCCAUAACGGCUUCCCCGCCCCAGGCGCACCUCAGCAGCACUGCCCCUGUGAUCCAGUGCAAGGCUUUAGACACUAUAUCUUCAUCAAGCAGCCUGUUGUUGGCUUUCUCUCUCUGGUGAGCUCCUGCAUGCUGAUCACAGUGUGCCUUAUUAUCUACUAUGCAGCCAAAAGGCACAAAAUAACCACCAAGAAAUGAAAGAAGAUGAUUCCACUGCUUUUAAUUUAAUCGUUUUAAUGGUUAGCUUGACAACCUACAAACUAUGCUUUUAACUUUUUCUUAAAUUGUAGUACUUCUGGAAUUUCCUAAUGGGUACUACACAAGCGAGAAAGACCUCAACAAUUAUUUAACUGCAGCUUUACCAUAUAAAAACACUAUUUAUUUGUAAAAAGGAAAAAAAGUAGAAGUUUGCACUGCGGCUUGGUUUUUGCACAUGAAAAUAAAAGUUAUGGGGGUGAAAUAAUUUGUGUUCUGCCAUUUUUAAGACCAUACUAUGGUUAGUUUAUGUAAGUGACGUUCCGCAGGUCAUGUAAUACUUAAAUGUAUUAAAUACAUUUUUAAUGUUGUACAUGUCAUAGUAAAGUAACUUUAAUAUCUUUAAUUUUCUAUUGUCUAGAAUUUAUAUGCACUCUUAGUUUUCUGUAUCCUACCUUGCCCUUUGUAUUUAUAUAUUCAUGUUUGCAAUUUCCAUUAUAUUUGUGCUUGAUGUUG